AUGAUGGCGGCGGAGCGGGGCGGCGGUCCCGGCUCUCCUCCUGGCUCUCCCGCCGGCGCCUCCCGGCCUGCGGCGGCGGAUCACUCGGUGCUGGUGGUGGUGGGAGCGCUGCGGCCCGCGGGGCUGCUGGAGCGGCUCCUGCGGCAAGUAGAAACAGGUGUGCGCUGCUGGUCUGUGGAUCUGGACGUCUCGGUUCUGGAUCAGCAGUUGAAGCUCUUUGUGUCGAGACAUUCAGCCUUCCUGUCAGAAGAAGUGCGAGGUCAGCGGACUCUCCAGCACAGCGGAAACAUACUGGACACGCAGGUCGUGGUGAAUCCAGCCUUUGAGUUUGUUUGCUCAGAGGUGCGGCGGCUCAUCUGCGACUCGUCCCGUCAUAAGCUGCUGAUUCUGGCUGGUCAGUGCGUCGAGGGCAGCGGGGACAUCGUGUUGCAGAAAGGCCGCUUCUCCCUCAGUGACUUCAUCCAGAUAUUUUCUGAUGAGGAGGUUGGUGAACUGCUGAGCUCCGCAAACCCAGCGGUGAAGCCCAGCCUCACCCUCAGCUGUCCAAAUGUCGGUCUUUGGAAGGACCCGGCACUGGAGAAACACAACCUGCAAGACUUCAUAAACAUCCAGAUUAACCCUCCCCCCAUCCUCCCUGAGAUGGAGGGUCUGCAGGAAUUCAUGGAAUAUCUCUCUGAGUCUCUGGAGCCUGAAUCUCCCUUCGACCUCCUGGAGCCCCCCAGCACUGUGGGUUUCCUGAAGCUGUCUCGACCCUGCUGCUACAUCUUCCCUGGUGGGAGGGGGGACUCUGCAUUCUUUGCUGUUAACGGUUUCAACAUCUUGGUGAACGGCGGUUCUGACCCACGCUCCAGCUUUUGGAAACUGGUCCGACAUCUGGACAGGAUUGACGCAGUACUGUUGACCCACAUCGGGGUGGACAAUCUGCCGGGCAUCAAUAGUCUGCUGCUGAGGAAAGUAACUGAGCAGGACGAUGAGUCUGCCAGAUCUCAGACUGAAGAAGAUUGGAUGAAAAACCUCAUCUCUCCUGAGAUUGGGGUGGUUUUCCUCAAUGUUCCCAACAGGCUGAAGUCCAUCCAGGGAGAUCUGAGCGAGCUGCGGAGUUGUGAUCAGGCAGCGCUCACUCUGCAGCACCUGCAAAGACUGGCAAUCAGACCUGAACCCCUGAGCCGGCCCAAUGGACCAAGCAUAGAACCAGUUAUCUUGUUCCAAAAGAUGGGAGUCGGCCGUCUGGAGCUGUACACGCUGAAUCCGGUCAGUGGCAGCAAGGAGCUCGAAGCUCUGAUGCAGACUUGGCCAAACAGUGGAUCAAAUGUUAAGGGCUCAGAUCUUCCGCUGCCAACCCUUGUUUCCAUUUGUGCUUUGCUGGUCUGGCACCCGUCCAGCCCUCAGGAGAAAAUCAUCCGCGUUCUCUUUCCAGGGUGCACGCCUCAGACCAAAAUUCUGGAUGGACUAGAAAAACUCAAAUAUUUGGAUUUUUUGAAACUUCCAUCAGUGUGUUUGAAGGACUUAGAAGCAUCCAAAACAGAGAAGCAACCAAAACGAGCAGACAGUCGAGAAAGCCUUAAGUCCCAGUCUAAGGACUUCAGACCCAGUAGUGCCUUACAGAAAGACAAACUUGGACGAAUGGAUGUCAAAAAGCAAGAGACAAAAACCAAGCCUUGGGCAGCUGCUGACUCUGUACCUAAAGAUAGAAAGGAUGCAGAAGAAAAGCCCAAAACCAAGGAAGCAGAUGCUAAAUCAAAGCCAGCUAAAUCUCCUGAAAAGCUCAUUCCAAAGAAAGAGGUUUUAAAAGAUGAGAAGAAGGAUGUGAAAAAGAAGGAUAAGAAGGAAGAGGUUGGAGAGAAAAAGAAAGAAGCAGCAAAGAGAGAAAUCCCAAGUACAAAGCCAAAGAAAGACCUCAAAUCCGAACCAAAAAAAGACUUGAAGAGGGAUGUAAAGAGUGAUGAGAAGAAGACAGCAAAGCCAGCUGUUAAAGAAGUGAAGAAAGCAACAAGUGGAGCUUCAAGUGCAGCUUCAACAGCAAGUGCAGAAGUAAGAAAAGCUUCCGGAAAGAGUGGAGCUCUAAAGAAGGAUGGGACUCUUCCAAAGAAAGACACUUUGAACAAAGGGAUGAGAGGUAAGCCAGCCUUGAAGGAGCAGGAGAACCAGGAGGCGGAUCGCUCCAAGGUGUCAACACCUGAGGACAUGACGGCUGAAUUUGAAAGACUUAGACUGGAAGAUGAUAAUGGAAACAGCAGUAAAAGUGCCAAGUCAACGGGGGUGAAUCCUGAUGAAACCAAGGCCAAUGGGAACCUGAACUCGACAGUAGAGAGUCCAGAGAAGUUCCGCUGCAUGGAGACCGACCGUGUCACGGUUACUGCCUCCUCACCGCUCGUUAAAACACCAAAAGGCGAUCUCAGUGUUAACUUCAAUCUUACGCAGACCACAUACGAGCUGGUGGACGGAGCCUUGAAAAAUGGACCAGAUGUCUGCACAAGCUCAGAGGAGAAAACUCUGGAGCUGGUCUCUCCUGCAGAUUCUGCCCCAAACAGUGCUGGACAUACCCCUUUCCAACAGUCCCUUGAAGAGGACAUUAGGGGUUUGGGUGAGGACAGUGGCCUUGAAGCGAGAGGGUCCAGUCUGGGAUUUGAGGACUACAAUCAGGGAAGUUCAUGUAGGACCUCUGACCUCAGUUCCCUGCGGGAAGGUCUGGAGAACUCAACGUCUUCUCAGGAUAAACAGUCCAGCCUUCUGACCCUUAGUCCUUUUAAGGACAUCAUGCCAGACUCCUCCCCCACCAUGACCUCUAUGCCGGCUGAGGUUGGCUCACCUCACUCUACAGAGGUUGAUGAAUCACUUUCGGUAUCUUUAGAGCAAGUUCUGCCACCCACUGCUGCAUCCCCCAAAGUCUGCUCCAACGGCCACGUUAGUGAUUCAGACCCCAAUGCAGGGAUGAGGUUGGUCCAAAAUGGGCGCUGUGGAAACGGAUCCGAGGAUCACAUCCAUGGGAUGUCAGAGCUCAUCUCGGACAUCCCUCAUGACGUUGACCUCUGCUUAGUUUCCCCUUGUGAGUUCCAGCAUCCCAGAACCUCAGAGAACCACCAGCAGCACGUGAGCCCCGGCCUCACCACAGGACCCUCUCCAGACCUCUCGGAUAACAACAACCGCUCCCAGGAUCCGAGCAGCAGCGACUGCCCCUCAGCCUACAGUCAGGAGACGCCACCCACAUCAGUAAGCGACACUCUCCCCACAACUACAGAUUCGGAUAUCCCCCCCAGUACAGAGGACUGUCCUUCCAUCACAGCAGACAUUGAUUCGGAUGAUGAUUCCAGCGGCUUCUUCCCACCUGCUCACCCACAAGAUCAUCCAAAUUCACGCUUCGCCCACAGGGGUGGGCAGCACGACCCGCCACCAGCUCCGGUCAAAGACCUGCCUCCUUUACCACCACAGCCUGGAGCCUGUAUGGCCGACUCAGAAGCUGACAGGAAGAGCUUAGCUGCCAGGACCAAGAAACCGACAGGAGCACUGCAGAAGACAUCAGGAACUACAAUGGCCCAGAAUGGAAGGUCGAAGGCCGGCAGCUCCACAGGAUCCAUAAAGAUGGCCUCCAGCCUUGACACCAAGCCCUCAUCCCGAAGUUCACUGGGUGGAUCCAGAAUUGGCGCUGUAAAACCUGCUUCCUCAGGUUCCAGGGUUUUGGGUUCUGAGGGUGCUGCAGUCUACGUGGACCUAGCAUACCUGCCGUCUGGCUGUGCCUCCUCCACCAUGGACCCAGACUUCUUCAGACGCCUUCGCUCUUCUUAUUACAUUGUAAGUGGAGACGACCCAGUGAAGGAGGCAGCGAUGAGGAGCAUCCUGGAUGCUCUGCUGGAGGGAAAGAGCAGCUGGCCGGACGUCCAGGUGACGCUGAUCCCAACGUUUGAUUCGCUGGCGAUGCAUGAGUGGUACCAGGAGACUCACGACAGGCAGCGGGAGCUUUCGGUCACCGUGCUGGGCAGCAACAGCACCGUGGCCAUGCAGGAGGAGACCUUCCCCGCCUGCAAGGUCGAGUUCUGAGCCUGAAGCUCCGCCCCCUUCUCUUCUGGCCUUAUGAUUAUCUUUGCCACGGUUGCACCCAGACCAGCCCGAGAAGGAGUCUGGCUGUGAGCAUGCUCAGUUAGAAACACUUUUUCUCACCUGUGUGACAUCAUUUCCUUCUCACCUGCUGGGUCAGCACCUUCAGCUCACCUUAGAGCAAACAUUAGCAUGGUAGCAUGUUGGCACGUUAGCAGGUUCUGAAAGUUCAAACACCACACAACCAAAACUAGUAACCACGUACUGUACGCAGCGGCGACUUUUAAAUGACAUCACUGUUUUUAAGAAGUGAAUCAUGUGACAGGAUUUCAGUGUUCAUGUCUUCUCUCGAGGUUCUCCUGCAGCAUGGAGGAGACAUACCACCGGCCCAAUAAUAACUCGCCCUUUUCAGAGCCGUCAGAUGCCAUCACCAAUUUUUACCUCACAGGAAACACUUUUGGCGACAUUUACGUUUUACCUUGUGAGCUCAGAUCAACACAAACCCGUUAAGAGGCAAGAUCGAGGGCGCAGCAGCGGAUGUCCUUCUCACAUGUUCUGUGAGGUAAACUUCCUGAUCUUGUGAAGGAGUCUGGUGCAGAGUCAUGGCUCCACUUCCUGUGUAACAGCUGGUAAAGCAGAGAAAUUUUUCUGAAUAUAGGAUUGAUUUAAACCCACACUGAAACCCAAGGCUUUAGGGGGCGUGGCCUUCUGCCACCUGCUGCAGGUAACAUGACUGUGGAUCAGAAGCUCGUACAGGUCAGAGAGGCUGAACCGUCCCCAUCUGAGGAGACUUUUGUUUUACUCAGUCUCUGAUCAUAAAUUUUAAACUUAUUGUUUUGUAGAUUUUAAUAAAGUUGUGCGCGCUGCAGGUCGUAUAAACACCUGACCGUGUCUCCAGAUUGUCUGGUCCUGAAACUGCAGUUUUAUUUGUCUGUGCUGGUUAGCAUGGGUUAGCCUGACAGCUUUUAUUUUGAAAGUCUGCCCAGGAUGGAGACGUUCUCUGACCCGAGCUGUGUGGGUAAAUCCGAUCACGAGCCUCUCAGAAGGAUGGUGAGGGCGGUUUACGGUGUGUGUUUAUAACGCCACUCGUCAUCUCGAUCAUCUGCGGUCAUCUGAGUGACUUUGCUGUAACUCUGAGGUCUGCCCGAUAAAGCUCAGUGAACAUUCUACAGUGAGGGUGGAUGGUGGUCAGUCAGAGAACGUCUGAACGUUUAACCACGAGAUGCAGAGAUUCAUUCUCACAGUACUGAGGCCCACACGUGACGGAUAUCUGACAAAGUCAAAGUUAAGAUGACGUCACUGCUGACAAACUGCUGUAAGAGUGAGAUCAGUGAGGCUGAUGUCACUGAAGCGUGCAUCACCUGCACGCUGUCAUAGUUGUCAGGGUAACAAACUAUAAUCAGGUAACAGACACGGAGAUAACCCUCAGAUAUUUCACAUGAAACGGUCCUUUCGAACUUCCAGGAUCCUCUUUGCUCUCAGCACAGAGUUAUGAAGGUCACAUAGUGGACUUACACCGCCUCCUCGCCACAUCUGUUGUCAUUUGAAAUGAUGUCAUUUAUAGCUGGAUUUCACUGUAGGCUCAGUGAGACUCAGCCUGAGUUCUGUCUUUGGGUUUGUUUUUUAAAUUUUCCUUAGCAGAGCAGAGCAGCUGGAAGAAUAAGCACCAAAAAUCAUCCAUCUAGCUUCAUCCAUCCAUUUACUUACCACAGGGGCGCUGGAGCUAUCCCAGCUGCCAUAGGGAUGCAAGAGGUGGGGUACACCUAGACAGGUCGCUAGCAGGGCUAAUGCAGAGAGACGGACAACCAUUCACACUCACAUUCACACCUAUGGGCAAUUUAGAAUAACCAGGUAACCUAAUACCACUAACUGCAUGACUGUGGGAGGAAGCUGGAGAACCCAUAGAGACACAGGGAGAACAUGCAAACUCCACACAGAAAGGUCAGGUGGUGAUUCGAACCCAGGACCAUCUUGUGUGUCCCAUUCACACCUUUAUCAUCUUCCCACACCUUCUUCAUCUUAAGCAUGGACAGUAGUUUAUCUCAGCAGGUACUCUGUGGUCAUGUGACUGACCUCCUGUCCCUCAGAGUUACAGUAAAUUAAACAGGAAUCACCUGAGUGUGAUUUUUGAUUAAACUGUGAACUUCUUGAUUGUUCGGUGGUGUUUCGUUCCUGAUAAUCAUCAGAAGAACCCGGAGCGGUUCUGGGCCGGUUUUGAUUUCCUCCUUUGCUCCUCUUUGCUGCAGGACCUCAGUGCAGAUCUUCCUCCAUUUUUAAUCACUGUGCUCAAAGUACUACAUUACCCAUGAACCUCAGGGUGUCUCUAUCAGCACAGUGUGUUAAGUUUGACCGUUGACCCCCUUGCUCAGAUGUUUCCCCCACCAUGCAGAGGAUUGUGGGUCAGACUGCUGUCAGCUGACUGGCUGCUUCCUGCUGCAGUGCACACUGGGAAAUGUAGUACUUUGAGAAUCAAUUCCUUUAAUUUACUCUGAAUGAAUUUUGGAACUCAAAACAUUUCAUCAGUAACUUAUUUAUUUAAUUUAACAUUUUUACAAAGUAAAUCCUUGACCGUGACGUUUGGUACGAGCUGCUCGCUGUCCACCUCCACCAACUAGCAUGGAGAGUCGAUCGUUAAAGGAGCAGUCCGCUGCGUUCGUCUCGUUAGAGGAGCUGCAGUGUUAAAGGCGACUGAAGUAAAAAAUCAGAUUGAUCUCUGUUUAAUCAUAUUUUAACUUUGAAUUUUUUUUACCCAGUAAAUGUUUUUUGAGUGGUUUCUUCAAAUUUUCAAUCCAACUGAUCAAUGAGCUGGAAAUCAGAGCUGAAAUAAACACACACACACACACGCGCACACACACACACACACACACACACACACACACACACACACACUCUCUGUGCAUUGC